AUGGAAGACGGUGACAAUAAAGCCGACGUUGGGCUGGAUAAAGAGAAAAAGUCGUACGCCGGGAUACCGGAGGCCGAUUUUGUAGACGAUGUCGACGCAUUUAUGGCAAAACCCGACAAUAAAUCAGCAGAUAAAGUACUCCAGAUGUUGGAUGAGAACCAUGGAAAAUAUAAAUUCAUGGAAUACAACUUGGUUAAUAAGAGGAGACGGUUGAAGGCACAGAUUCCAGACCUAGAGAGAUCAUUGGAAAUGAUUAAAAAACUACAGCUAGAGAAAGACAACAGCAAAGAUUUAGAAACUCAGUUUCUUCUAUCUGAACAAGUUUAUGCAAAAGCUGUUAUUCCACCUACUGACAAAGUGUGUUUGUGGUUAGGAGCAAAUGUUAUGCUAGAAUACACUUUGGAUGAUGCACAAGAAAUGUUAACGAAAAAUAUUGAAGCUGCAAAAAGAAAUUUAGGAUAUGUGGAACAUGAUCUAGACUUCGUCAGGGAUCAGUUCACAACAACAGAAGUAAAUAUGGCACGUAUUUAUAAUUGGGAAGUGAAACGCAGGCAAGCAGCUACAAGCAAACCAACAUGAAAUCUAUUUCCUUUUAAAAAUUUAAUUUGCACACAACAAUUGCCUAAGACCCAAAAGGUUACUUACAUUGUCAAGAAAUACACCUGUGAAUAAAAAAUGCUAUCUGGAAAUGUCAAUGGAA